AAAAAUUGAAAAUUGUUUUUUUUUCUUUUGUAUAUUCUUUGUUUUCUUUGGAAUUUCCGGAGUCUUGAUAAAAAUCGAACUUAAUCAAUUGAAAUUUUCGAAUUAAUUUUAACGAAAAUAAAAAAAUGCCUAAACUAAAAAAAUUUCUGCCUGGCAUUUUCAGUAAUGGCAAAGAUUCUCAAAAAACUAGCAAUAAAAGUGAGACCGAAGACGUUAACCUUGGUAGUAAAAGUGUUCCAGGAAGGCUAGAAACCGAUGCUCUGCCCGUUGAUGAACCUGAAGAAUUACAAGUUAGCAAUAACAACACACCAACACCUUCAACAGAACUAACAGAAUCAGUGGUUCGGGAACUCUCCGCACCAAACUAUAAUUCAGUUGAUUCAGCAAAUUAUACAAAUGCAUUCGAAAGUGAAACUGGAUUGAACUCCCAGACGGGAGCAGUUGCCUUGCAGUCAAACAGCAAUGCUUUGACGCCAACAUCAGCCGGUGCCAUGGCACCAACUACUAUGAACACCAUGAAUGUACAUAAUGCUCAACAACAAAUGGUAAUGCAAUUCUCCAACAUAAAACAGCUGCAUUUUGGUUCAGUCUAUAAUUUUAACAGCAACAUAAGUGGUAUAGCUACCAACAACACACGCAAAAGUGGUAAAAGUGACGAACCCAAUUCUCCUAGUUGUUCUAAUGGUGUAGACAACACAAAAAGACAACUACCACGUAAAACUACUUCAAUUGUGGCUAUGAUGCAGUCACGUGAAGAGCCAAAUCACCGUAUAUUGGAAACUAUAUCUACACACCUGGGCGAAGGUUGGAAACAUGUGAUGCGAGAGCUGGGUCUCUCGGAAGGACAAAUCGAGCAAGCCGUAAUCGAUCAUCAAAUGCAUGGUGGAAUCAAAGAGGUGAUUUAUCAGCUACUGCUGCAAUGGAUCCAUGAUGCUGAUGAUAAUGUAGCAACGCUUGGACAUAUUACUUCUCUGCUGUGGGAGUUAAACCAUCGCGACUGUGUGCAGCGCAUGAAAUUAGUUUACAAAUCCGAAGUGGACAGAAGAAAACCUUCUUCAUAAUGUUAAACAUUUCUACGUUGUUAAGGUUAUAUGCCGUGCCUUAUAGGAUUGACGGGCGAAGCCCAGGUUCUCGUUAAGUAGUGUAUAUAUCUGUAUAUACACUAUUAUUUUCAAAAUUUUCAUUUGACUCUUUCAGUGUAAGGAGUAAAAAAACUAUGUACUGUGCAAUAUUGUAUUCUUGGUACAAUCUCUGAAUACUUAAGAUUUGGAUAAAGUAAAACUUUUUAUAAUAACUUUUUUUUAAUAAAA